GGCGUGGAGCUCUCCCGCCUGACCUUCUCUCAGCGGUAGCGCUUCUCCUCCGGGCGCACCAGAGCACCGACAUGACAUCACCCGCCACCGACCGGGGGAAGAAGGCGAACUCGUAGUGCGGAUGAACCAUGUUUUGAUGACUAGGCUACAAGACGACGUGUGCUCGGGACGGAACCAAUUAAUCCGUGAAUAGGCGAACUUUUCGAGUUGGACACGUCUUCAUAAUAGCCGUGGGGAAUACGCACUGCUUCGAUAACCCAGUAGCUGCCGAGUGGCCGAACUAUAACACGAUCUACAGUGGCGGAAUGUUCAACUCUCUCGGCGCAUUCUGGUUUCCAUUGUGCACAGCCUUGUCUCGCGUUCUGCGCGCACCCAGCGAGUAGAAGGCGGAGGAGGGACGUGCUUUUCUCAGGGUGCUUUCCUUGUCUAUGGACGACAGCGGUCCCCUCUCUCCAAAGGCAAAUGCUUUCAGUAUCGCCUCUCUGAUUUCAGCAGCAGAGCAAGUAGGACACUCGGCUUUUGACCAACGAGGAACUGGCCUGGACAAGGCAGAGCUGCACAGCUGCAGUUCCUAUAAAAUGCACUACAGUACUGUCACCCGGGAAAUGGAAGCCUUCACGACGAGUAGUAUAAGCAACCUGAAUACGGCGGGGAGCUAUCAUCUGUCCCCCUCCCCUGGAGACCCGUACAGCCAACAUGAAGCUCACUUUGAGCCUUGCCCGGCGGCUCAGCACAACUACAACUACCCGGGCUCGAACCCGGGACAGGCGCAACAGAGCGACUCGGGGACGUCCAACUGCUCCUCUUCGUCCUCCAACUCUACACCCAACAACAAGUCCAUAGUGAAGAAAAAUCCUAAAGUGGCCAACAUUAACGUUCAGCUGGAGAUGAAAGCUUUAUGGGACGAGUUUAAUCAACUUGGGACGGAGAUGAUAGUUACCAAAGCUGGAAGGCGAAUGUUUCCAACUUUCCAAGUAAAAAUAUUUGGGAUGGAUCCCAUGGCAGACUACAUGCUCCUGAUGGACUUUCUACCGGUAGACGACAAACGAUACAGGUAUGCAUUCCACAGCUCUUCGUGGUUGGUGGCCGGUAAGGCGGACCCCGCCACCCCAGGGAGGGUGCACUACCACCCCGACUCCCCCGCCAAAGGCGCGCAGUGGAUGAAGCAAAUAGUCUCUUUCGAUAAACUCAAACUCACCAACAACCUACUGGAUGACAACGGCCAUAUCAUCCUGAACUCCAUGCAUCGAUACCAGCCAAGGUUCCACGUCGUUUACGUGGAUCCCCGCAAAGACAGUGAGAAAUACGCCGAGGAGAACUAUAAAACGUUCGUGUUCGAGGAGACGCGGUUCACGGCGGUCACCGCGUACCAGAACCACCGGAUCACACAGCUGAAGAUCGCCAGCAAUCCCUUCGCCAAGGGCUUCAGAGACUGUGACCCGGAGGAUUGGCCCAGGAAUCACAGGCCCGGCUCGCUGCCAAUAAUGAGUGCGUUUGCCAGAACGAGGAACCCAAUGUCAUCUCCCCCUCAGCAGAACGGCUCAGAGAAAGACGACAUCCGACGGGAUUACGACCGCGACCCCACCGGCACGCCCAUCCACGGCGACUCCGCCCACCAGCUGAUGUCCCGGGUCCUCAGCCCGGCGCUCCCCGUGCCCGGGGGUCUCCACUCCGUCCCCCUCAGCGGCAGCCGACCCAGCCCCCCGCCGCCCCACGACCUGCGGGCCGACCCCCACCCGCUGUCCCCGGACACGCUGCAUCACCACCCGUACAAGUACCCCACAACGUACGAACACUACCUCGGCGCCAAGGCCCGGCCCUCGCCGUACCAGCUGCCGGGCAUCCGGGGGCACACGUACCACCACCACCACCACAUGAACCCCGCCACGGCCAACAUGUACUCUGCCACGAGCGCCCCGGCCAAUUACGACUACGGGCCGCGGUAG